GGAGGCAAAUAUUUCCCGCCAUUUUUCCUACGGCUCUCGAAGUCUCAUCGAAAACCCUAAUCCUGAGCUCCGGAUCGCAAUGAUGGAAGAGGAAAUCAAAGCUGAAUUCACGAAGAACAGCUUCAGUUUCGACGACGAGGAAGAAAUCCUCCAGAAAUGUCUGACAUUUUGUAUACAGUACAAGCUCAGUGCUUCGGAUCUUGUCUCCAGUUGGGACUUGUACGCUAUCAACAGGAGCCUGGACUCCACGGUGCGAAGCUCGCACAUGGGUGCAUUUUUGGAGCAUCUGCAGAGUGAACAGCUGAAUAAAGUCAGAGAAAAAGAGCCUGGACUGCAUUUGUACUCAAAUGAUGUAGCGAUGAUACUGAAUGGUAACUAUGAAGAGGUAGAAGGCAUGCUUCAUACUCCCCCUGAUAAACGCACAUUAGCAAAUGAAAAGCCAUCUGAUUCAGCACAGAAAUCAAAUGGCAGCAGAUUUAUCUCUGGAAAACCUCUUGCAUCAGUAACACCUUUUGGGUCAAGGAAGAACAAGUUUGUCGUGCAAUCCACACUUAAUGAGCAUUCCAGCAUGCAGACCAUUAAAAUUGAAGAGGAUCAUGAUAAUUCUGAGGACGAUAUCAUCAAGAGACUUCAGCCAAGCCAAAAAUGUUCCUUGCUAAUUGAUAGAUCCAAGCCCGAGCCAGGUUGCAGGUUCAUGUAUGAUAGAAUAGAAGAUAAGUUCAAUUUCCUGGAAGAUUGCAUCAAAAAGCGAGCAACUGCUUAUGUCUCCUCCAAACAUUAUGAGGAACCUGUUGAUCCUUCCAUUGCUUCCCAGAAAAGCAUUUUUGCUGUUGGCAUGAUCUGUUGUGAGGAAGAAGGCCGCCUGAAGGAGAAGCCUAUUUUGCUGCAAAGCAGUGUUGAGCAUUCUGGCGGGCAGCGCGUUCGUCUUGAUUUGCAAAAACUAAACCAAUUUUCUAUUUUCCCAGGCCAGGUAGUAGCUGUUGAAGGGCAUAAUCCGAGUGGACACUGUCUUAUUGCAUCAAAGAUUAUUGAUUAUGUACCCUUGUCUGUUACUUCUAGCGAAGAACAUCCUUCCAAGAGACAAGCCAUGGACCACAGUCUUCAGUUAACCAAUCCCCAACUCGAUACGUCAGAGCUGUCAUUGAUUGUUGCAGCAGGUCCUUUUACCACGAGUGACAAUUUGUUUUUUGAGCCUCUAACUGAGCUUCUAGCCUAUGCACGUCGAAAGCAACCUCAGUUGCUUGUCUUGCUAGGGCCAUUUAUUGAUUCUGAUCAUCCGGAGCUCAGGAAAGGAACUAUUAAUCAGACUUUUGAAGAAAUGUUUCAACUUGAGAUCCUUGGAAAGAUUCAAGAUUAUGUCGAGUAUAUGGGUUCUGCAGUGCGCGUGAUUCUCAUGCCAUCUAUUAGGGAUGCCAAUCAUGACUUUGUUUUCCCUCAGCCUGCUUUUGAUAUUCAUCCUGCAGAUUUUAAUCACCAGAUAUACAGCAUCUCUAAUCCAGGAAUGUUCCAUGCUAAUGAGGUCAAAGUGGCUUGCUGCACAGUGGAUAUACUAAAACACCUUAGUGCAGAGGAAAUCUGUCGAAAUCCACAAGGAGGGUCCAAGCAGCGGUUGACUAAUCUAGCAAAGCAUAUCUUAAACCAACACAGCUUCUAUCCCCUAUAUCCACCUGCAGAAGAUGUUCCCUUGGAUUUUUCGCUCGCAAAGGAAGCUCUGCAUAUUUCAUCAAUUCCAGAUAUACUCAUAUUACCUUCAGACUUGGCUCACUUCGUGAAGGUGCUCUCCUUUGGAGAAGGAAAUGAUGGAGAAGAACAACUGAAGUGCAUUUGUGUAAAUCCUGGAAGACUUGCCCGAGGCGAAGGAGGGGGUUUCUUUGUAGAGAUUAACUACAGAGGGAACCCAGACUCAUCAAACGCUUCAAUCAUCCGCAUAUAGGCCUUGGACCAGAUCUCAAAUAUGGAACUAUCUUCUACUAAUUGUAUCUUGCAACCUCAAAAGCAAAAGAAAAGCAAACUCACAGUGGAAUAACUAGAUUUCACCCAAAACCUAUUCUUGAGGUCCUGAUGCUGAUGAUUGAACCCCUCGUCUCACAGUAUUGGUGAUGUGAUGGUUUUUGGCAAUCUGGCAGCUGUUCAGCCGCGCUGACAAACUUUCGUCUAAUGUUGUGGGUAAACCAUGUAUCAUAUUCUUAUAGGUUUCUUUGCUUUGUCUAGGGACUACUCUUUUAUCUCUUUAUGGGGAAAUUAUGUAUGUAUUUCAAAUCUCUUGUAAUCAGUGUGAGCACUGGCAAAAAUUUUAGCAUUUCUUGAUCUUUCUUUUUA